UGGAUGAUUAAGCAGAUUUUUGCUGAAGUUUAUUUGUGUUACAAUCUGUGUUUAUUGUUGACAUACACCAUGGCUGAAAUACUAAACUUCAAUAUUGGUAUGUUGGGCCAUGUAGACAGCGGUAAAACUUCACUGGCGAAAGCUUUAAGCACAGUUGCUUCAACUGCUGCAUUUGACAAAAAUCCUCAAAGCAAAGAACGUGGGAUAACACUGGAUCUUGGUUUCUCAUCGUUCACAGUAGAUGUCCCAGAGCAUUUAAAAGGAUCUGGUUACGAAAAAGUUCAAUAUGCAUUAGUGGAUUGUCCUGGGCAUGCAUCGCUGAUUAAAACUAUAAUUGGAGGAGCUCAGAUUAUUGACCUUAUGGUUCUUGUGAUUGACGUUGUGAAGGGAGUCCAAACACAAACAGCUGAGUGUCUUGUCAUCGGUGAAAUUAUCUGCAACAAAAUGUUGGUUGUGCUAAAUAAAGUUGACAUGCUGCCACCAGAGAAAAAACAAGCAGCUAUUGAAAAGAUGACAAAGCGCAUGCAGAAAACAUUGGAAAACACAAAGUUUGCAGGUUGUCCUAUCACCACAGCUGCAGCCAACCCAGGUGGAUCAGCUGAUGUUACCACACAUAGGGAACCUGAAGGAAUUGAAAAUCUCAUACAAGUAUUGGGUGAUAGCACUUACAUUCCAACUCGAUCUGGUGAUGGUUCUUUCCUCUUCAGUGUUGACCAUUGUUUUUCCAUUCGCGGACAAGGGACAGUGAUGACCGGGACAGUUUUAAGCGGAAAAGCUUCUGUAAAUGAUCAAGUAGAAAUAUCAAGUUUGCAGAUGACAAAGAAAGUCAAGUCAAUUCAAAUGUUCCGUAAACCGGUUGACGCAAUUAAGCAGGGUGAUCGGGCAGGGUUGUGUGUCACCCAGUUUGACCCCAAACUCCUUGAACGGGGUUUGGUUUGUACCCCUGGUAGCUUACCCACGCUAUACGCUGCGGUCGUCAGCAUAGCUAAGAUACCAUACUACAGUGGAUCAGUUGCAACUAAAUCAAAGUUUCACGUCACCAUUGGCCAUUCCACAGUCAUGGCUCAAAUUACAAUAUUUGCUCAAGUGACCACAAGUGGUGAAAAUAGGGAAGGAAGCCGUCCACUAGGAGAUGCUAUGGAGCGACUGACUCUUCAAAGCAAGACUUUUGAUUUCACAGCAGAUUACAUUUUUCGAGCCGAGCUAUCCAAGGAUAAAACUGAGAAACAGUGGGCAUUACUUGUGUUCGACAAACCAGUGGUUUGUAGAGCAAACAGCCUAGCAAUCGGCUCCAAGUUUGACACGGAUAUAAACGCCAACAGAUGCAGAUUGGCUUUUAAGGCGGAAAUAUUGGAAGCAUUCACUGCCAAAGACUACGUGUCAUCUGUUUUACCAAAGCUAAAAGUUUACAAAAACAAAUCUCGGGAAGGAACUGUGGAAAGGGUGCAUGACGACUACAGCGUGAUAUGUAAAGGCCUUUUGAAAAAAGAGACGAACAUCGCUCUAUUUUCCGGUCUCCGGGUUGAACUUUCGACCGGAGAAAGCGGAGUCAUCGACGGUUCGUUCGGACUCAGCGGGAAAAUAAAAAUCAGAUUGCCCGACGGUUUAAAGCCGGAGACAAAAGUUCUGCUCGGCGGAAAAGGGAAAAAGUCGAAGAAGAAACAGACUGAAACAACAGAACCUCAGCAGGCCAACACCAAUCAAGCUGUGAGUGUUGCCAUGCAUUUCAAGAGAUACAUUUACGACCCUGCGAAAAGAAUGGCGCAAACGUGACGCAUUCCGUCCACUAAGUGUCAUUUUUAUGCUUUUAGUAACGAUUAGCGGUCGCUGUGUCUUACAGUCACGCGUGAACUUGUUCGGGAAACGAAAUAAAUGUAAAGGCUGUAUUUGCGGAAGUAUGAGAGUGAUAGAUGUGAAAAUUGAUUAGUCGCUCGUCUGGUAUUUUGACUGUACCUCAUUUGCGACGGUAAUUAUUAAGUCACGCUUGCCACUGCGGCCGAAACCGUACUAAUGGAUGUACAGAUAUUGAACCUAAAAACGAAUCUUGACGUAACCUAGUAUCAUUACUGAUCGGGUUUUCCGUUUACAAGAAUAUUGAUGUGAUAAAUUGCUUGGGAAUUAUUUUAUACCAUCUUUCGUGUUUCGUACUAUGCAAAUAAACUGGUUAGCGCUUCCAGUUAUUGUGAACGGUUACCCUAUAACGGGAUUUAAAAUAAAUGUAUUCGAUUACGGAAA